UCACUGUCACAGCCAUCUUCCUAAUUGCGUAUCGCGCGCGCACAGCCUACACGGCUGCGCUUAUAUUCGGUGUCACCUCUCCUCAAUUCGAUUUUUGGCACCUAAAAUUGAAAUUUUCCCCUCGUCAAUUUUCAAAACCCAAACGUCAUAUAAAUACAACGUCUCCACUUUCUGUUUUGCGUGAAAAAGUUGAAGUAAAUGAGAGGGGAAGGAGUUCUGAGAGAUCAUUCUCAGCGUAGAACAUGGCCUAGGCAGCGAACUCUUAAUGGCUGCUGGAUGAAAGGGAAUAUUGAUAAUGUUGUUUACAUUGAUGUCGACAGUGAAAGUCUAGAUAAUGUCAUUAUCAUUGAUGUUUCUGAGUCUUUGCAUGAAAAAAUACAGGGAUCUAAUUUAGGGAAAGGUAAAAAAAUCCAUUUUGGGGGCAUAAUUAACAUUGAUGACGAUGAAAGCAAUGGUGUGGAGUAUAAUGGGCCUGAUGUGGAAGGUGGUGCUGAUUUGGACAGUGAUACCUCUUCUAGCAAAAGUUUUCCUGCCCCUGGUUAUGUGCAUAGAUUUGUGAACUUAGGUGAUGAUGAAUGCCAGGUUGUCUUUGAAAGACAUUCUGCAUUCAGAUUAUCCAAGUGCAUGCAGUCCUACCGUGGGAAGUAUCCCAGCAGAAAUCGUUAUGGUUUAAGUCUAGAGAGCGAGAGUGGCUCAUCCGAUAGUGAUUGUUCUGAUUGUGAACUGAUGGAAGGCUCUUUUGGAAAGCUUCAUAAAGAGUGGGAAAAAGCGUCUAUGAAGAGAAAAUCUAAUUUUUGUAGAGAUAAAUCUGGUUUAAAGGAUCAAGCUAAUUGUGUGAAUGAUGAUGUUCAUUCAAAUAUGGAUGCUGAAGGAGAGAAAGGGGCUGAACAAUACUCUGAAGCUUCCUUUCAACGUAAAUCAAGCACCAACGAUUCUACGAAGCAAAAUUCUGCCUUUGUUCCAACAGAUGACAGAGAGUUGGGCUCUUCUUCUCUAAAUUCUGGAUUGAGAUGUUCCUUCAUGGAAUCUGACCAGAAAUCUGGUCAGGAAAGUUUUCCAUGGUUCAAACCUGGUUUAAUGGAGAGAGUGCAUGCUUCUCGAAAGAAGGCCACUCGUCAGUUCAGAGGAGAAACAUUUACUAAAGAUCCUUCCUCAAGCUCAUCUGGAUGUCAAAGUUUCAAGCAUGCAGAUGGUUGUAGUAGUAGUUUUCAUGAUGAAGAACAAAUUUCUUAUGGUCCUUCUUUCUUUCCCAAUGAAGAACAGGGUGAUAAUCGAUAUCAUACGACAAGAGCAUGUGUUAUGGGCAAACAAAAAAAAUAUACGGGAGAACGGUUGGAUCCACAAGGGGUUAACUUGUCUUUCAAUUGUAAAAAAACUAAUUUGGAGAAUGAAGACGUUUAUUUAUUCAAGGGCCAACAGUCUGGUGUGACACAUGCCAAUAAUGAGAGAGUUGUACCAAGUGAGAAAUGUGAAGAGUUUUCUUGGACAAAUUCUAGUUGCUGCGUGUCUCAUCAAAAGGCUCAUAAUGCUGGAGCUGGAUUCAUGGAAAAAGAGAAACCUGUUUCUGAGGAGCCCAUGGUGUCAAGUUCUCGACCAUCUUACGAAGUAGGAGCUGAAUGUGGUGUAGCUCCUGAGCAUAAUGUUGGGGAUGCCUUUGAUGAAUCUAUCUUAUGCAACCCGGAAGUUUCUAAUGAGGAACUUGGCCAAGUAGACAAAGAGAAACCAGAUUCUGACAGGAUUUAUGAAUUUGACACAGAGUGUGCUGAAACACAAAGUAAGCAGGAAAAUCCAUGUUCGGAAGAGCUAAAGAGGCAGGUUAUCGGUUCAACAGCUGAUAGUCAUCUACGUAAUGGAAGGGAUCCAAUCCAUGCUCAAAGUGACGUUGUCAUACCUAAUGUGCAAAAUGAUAUAAUUAGUAAACGUGAAAAACUCAAAGAGACUGUUGAAUACAGGCGAGCAAUGGAAGAAGAAUGGGCAUCCAGGAAGCGGCAGCUACAAAUUCAGGCAGAAGAGGCCCAAAGGUUACGUAAGAAAAGAAGAGCAGAAACCAUUCGUUUAAUAGAGAUGGAGAGAAGGCAGAAACAACGGCUGGAAGAAAUUAGGGAGACACAAAAGAAGGACGAGGAGAAUAUGAACCUGAAAGAGCAACUCCGUGUUGAAGUGAGAAAAGAGCUUCAUAGAUUGGAAACAACAUGCAUUGAUAUGGCCUCAUUACUUCGUGCCUUGGGAAUCCAUGUGGGAGGCAAUUUUCAUCCCCUGUCAAAUGAGGUGCAUGCUGCUUAUAAACGAGCUUUGUUAAGAUUUCAUCCAGACCGGGCAUCAAAGACUGACAUACGACAGCAAGUUGAAGCUGAGGAAAAAUUUAAACUUAUUUCUCGCAUGAAGGAGAAAUUUUUAUUAAAUUGAAUCCUAACAAAAGGUUAUCAAAAUAUACACAAUUCUUUUAGCUGGUAAUGAUUUCCAUUGACAAGGUUAGUUUGUCAGAUUUUUCUAUACGGUACCAGUUAGGAUUCUUUCGGUAGUUCUUACCUGGCGAGCAAAAUUAUAUUUGUGAAGCUGUUGUAGUUCUCUACUUAGGCCGAAAAUAUUUCUAAACUUGUUUCUGUGCCUCAGAGGUCGUGUAUGUAAGCCUUCUAUUUUGGUCA